CGGCGCUCUUCGCGCUGUGGCGCCAGGCGGCGGCCGGGGGGGAGCGGCGCCGCCACGCGCAGCUGCGGGGAUGCGCCAGGGCCACCGCCCGGCUGCGGGGCGGGCUGCUGCUGGGCGCGGUGGUCGCCUGGCAGGCCGCCUGCGCGGCCCGGAGAGCUGCGGCAGUCCACGCCGUGGGGCUGCGGCGGCGGCGCCAGGCAUGCGAGGCGUGCAGCCUUAUUGCGCUCUCGGGCAGAGCCCUGCUGAUGCUGGUGGGCGCGUUCGCCUGGUGGCGCCGCGCCCUGUCCGCGGCGCUGCUGGCCCGGAUGGCCUCCAGGGCCCGCGGGCUCCAAGAGGCGCGGGACGCCGCCGCGGCGCUCCUGGCCGCGGAACGCUCCCGCGCCCUGCUCGGGGCAGCGUUUGCACAGUGGCGCGCUGCAGAGGCAUCGCUGGAGGGAGCCGGCGCACACAAGAGGUCGAGCGGACCCCGACGAGAAGCGGGGGCGGCCAGCCGCGCUCAUGUCUGGCUGGCGGCCGUGCUUGUGCAGUGGCACCAGGCCGCGAGAGGGCGGCGGCAAGAGGCGGCGCUGAGGAGAGCCGGCGAAGACGGAAGGUCGCGGGGCCUUCGGGAGGCGCGGGGCUUCGCCGUGGAUGUUCUGGUCAUCGACCGGCGGCGCUCGCUGCUGGGACUAGUCUGGGCACGAUGGCGCGAGUCUUGGCACGCCGCGAAGAGCGCGGCCGCCGAGGCGGCGCUGAGAGGAGCCGGCGAAGGCGGAAGGUCGCUGGGCCUUCGGGAGGCGCGGGGCUUCGCCGUGGAUGUUCUGGCCAUCGACCGCCGUCGGUCUCUGCUGGAAGUGGCCUGGGCAACGUGGCGCGUGUCUUGGCACGCCACCAAGAGCGCGGUCGCUGGAGCGGCCUUGGAGAGAGCCCGCGCCGCACGCGGCACAGCCAUGAGUCUCCUCGCGACCAGCCGUUGCCGCUCUUGGUUGGCGGCGGUGCUCGCGCGGUGGUGGCAGAUGUCUCAGGACGCCGCGGCGAACGCAGCAGCAGAAGCAGCAUUGGAGAGGGCGCGUGCGGACGGGAGGUCGCGCGGGCUUCAAGAAGCAAGAGCCUGGGCCGCGGGCCUCCUCGCGGCCAGUCACACGCUCUCCCGGUUGGCCUCGGUGUUCACGCAGUGGCGCCACGCGUCUCAGCUGGGCGCGAGGGUCACAGCAACAGAAGCAGAAUUGGCUAGAGUCCGUGCAGACAGCCUGUCGAGCGGGCUCAGGGACGCACGAAUUGGUGUGGCGAGCUUGCUCGCGGCCAGUUGCGAUCGCUCAUGGCUGGCGGCAGUGCUCACGAAGUGGUACCUCGCGUCCCAGCUCGCCAAGAGGACCACAGCAGCAGAGGCGGCAGACGCCAGGUCGCACAAGCUUCGAGAGGCAUUGGACGUCGCCGCGAGCCAUCUUACGACCAGCCGCUCUCGUUUCCACAUUGCCGCCGUGUUCGCAGAGUGGCGCCACGCGUCUCAGCUGUGUGCGAAGGUCACAGCAACAGAAGCAGAAUUGGCUAGAGUCCGUGCAGACAGCCGGUCGAGCGGGCUCAGGGACGCACGAAUUGGUGCCGCAAGCUUGCUCGCGACCAGUUUUGCGAUCGCUCAUGGCUGGCGGCAGUGCUCACGAAGUGGUACCUCGCGUCCCAGCUCGCCAAGAGGACCACAGCAGCAGAGGCGGCAGACGCCAGGUCGCACAAGCUUCGAGAGGCAGUGGACGUCGCAGCGAGCCAUCUUACGACCAGCCGCUCUCGUUUCCACAUGGCCGCCGUGUUCGCAGAGUGGCGCCACGCGUCUCAGCUGUGUGCGAAGGUCACAGCAACAGAAGCAGAAUUGGCUAGAGUCCGUGCAGACAGCCGGUCGAGCGGGCUCAGGGACGCACGAAUUGGUGUGGCGAGCUUGCUCGCGGCCAGUUGCGAUCGCUCAUGGCUGGCGGCAGUGCUCACGAAGUGGUACCUCGCGUCCCAGCUCGCCAAGAGGACCACAGCAGCAGAGGCGGCAGACGCCAGGUCGCACAAGCUUCGAGAGGCACUUGGACGUCGCAGCGGGCCAUCUUACGACCAGCCGCUCUCGUUUCCACAUGGCCGCCGUGUUCGCAGAGUGGCGCCACGCGUCUCAGCUGGGCGCGAAGGUCACAGCAACAGAGGCAGAAUUGGCUAGAGUCCGUGCAGACAGCCGGUCGAGCGGGCUCAGGGACGCACGAAUUGGUGCCGCGAGUUUGCUCGCGGCCAGUUGCGAUCGCUCAUGGCUGGCGGCAGUGCUCACGAAGUGGUACAUCGCGUCCCAGCUCACCAAGAGGACCACAGCAGCAGAGGCGGCAGACGCCAGGUCGCACAAGCUUCGAGAGGCACUGGACGUCGCAGCGGGCCAUCUUACGACCAGCCGCUCUCGUUUCCACAUUGCCGCCGUGUUCGCAGAGUGGCGCCACGCGUCUCAGCUGGGCGCGAAGGUCACAGCAACAGAAGCAGAAUUGGCUAGAGUCCGUGCAGACAGCCGGUCGAGCGGGCUCAGGAACGCACGAAUUGGUGCCGCGAGUUUGCUCGCGGCCAGUUGCGAUCGCUCAUGGCUGGCGGCAGUGCUCACGAAGUGGUACAUCGCGUCCCAGCUCACCAAGAGGACCACAGCAGCAGAGGCGGCAGACGCCAGGUCGCACAAGCUUCGAGAGGCACUGGACGUCGCAGCGGGCCAUCUUACGACCAGCCGCUCUCGUUUCCACAUUGCCGCCGUGUUCGCAGAGUGGCGCCACGCAUUCCAGGCUGCUGCGAGGAGCGCGGCAUAUGAAAAGGCCCUUGAGAGAGCGUGUGCAGACAACAGGUCGCGAGGUUUCCGUGAUGGCCGAGAGUGUGCCGCAAAUUUCUUGGCAACGAGACUAUCGCACUACUGGCUAGCAACAGCAUGCAUGGAGUGGCACCGUGUUUCACAGCUUGCUGCAACGAGGACAGCCGCAGACUCGUUGGCAGACUCGUUCGCUGCAACGAGGUCAGCCGCACUCCAAAACGCCUACGCGGAUGGCAGGAUGCAUGGGCUGCGAGAAAUCAAGGACAACGUCGCGAGAGUAUUGGCCAAUAUUCAUUCCCUCUCCUGGGUAGCAGCGGUGUUUGCAGUGUGGUGCCGCGUCUCCCAGCUUGCUUCAAAGAGCGCCGCCGCAGAGGCAGCGUUGAGGACAGCCUGCGCUGAGGCCAGGUCAAGCGGGCUACAAGCAGCACGGGGUAUCGCAGCGAGCAUCCUGGCGACUAGCUGCGAUCGCUCCUGGUUGACAUCAGUAUUCGUGGAGUGGUGCAGAGUCUCGCAGCUCGCCACAACGAGCGCAGCCAUGGGCGCAAAGCUGCAGAGAGCUGGCGCAGACGGCAGGCUACGUGGAUCCAUAGAGUCUCGAGAGAGAGCUGCGAGCUUGCUGGCAGCAACUCGUUCCCGCUCGUGGUUGGCCGCAUUGCUGGCAUGUUGGUUCCAGGCAUCCAGGCUGGAAGCCCUGAUGAGGUGGCGCACCCGCUACUCGCAGGAUCUCGCGCUCUGGAAGCAGCUCGCUGGAAAGAGUCAGCACCAUAAUAGUUUGUUGAUGUCCUUCCACGGUUGGCAGCGAGCCACGUCUAAAGCCAAAGUGGACACACUCCGCGGCCGAAGCAAGAUCAUGCUCUUGGACCGGAUGAUCUCCCAAAUGCAGGAGGGCUUGAUGAUCGUGCUGGCGGAGUGGAGGCGGGCGCACGCGGUGUGCGCUCUGCGCCGCUCCGCCGAGGUGCAGGCCGAGGGCUCGGCCAGGAGGCUGGCAGUGGCGUGCAGGCUGCAGGCGGUCCGCGGAUGCGAGUGGCUCCUGGGCCUGAGUUGCCGAAGGCCUGCCGCGCUGGCGGCGGCGCUGCUCGAGUGGCGGCGUCGUGCCACCCGGGCGCUGCUGCGCAGGACGGUGUCCGCGGUGGCUGCGCGCUCGCACCGCCUCCAGCUCGCGGGGCUCCUCUCCGAGUGGCGCGGCGCCGCCGCGGCCUCGGCGGAGCGCGCCAGGGCCCGCGAGGGCCUCCGGCGAGGCCUGGAGGCGCUCGGCGCCUGCGCGCUGCGGGGAUGCUCCCGGCGGCGGGUCGCGGCGGCCUGGGCGGCCUGGCAGG